AUGCUCAUAAGACGAUGCUCCCUUCUCCCCUCAUGCUGCACUGACGGUAAACCGCAUCUACGUCUUCAGACACUCUCUCCUUUCAUCCUUGUUUGUGCGUACUGGGUUCGACCUAUGAAUCGGAUAACGAGGAAAUCGCAUACGGGAAUGAAGAUUAAACCUCCCCGGGGGUUGUUAAGACGAUUCAGCAGUGCACGGAAUCGGUUCAACCAGAGGCUGUCCGAAGAUUGUCUCGACCCUACUAUUGAUCCACCCUCCACUACUACUACGAAUACCUCAGGCAUCCCUGUCCCUCUAUCCCCCACUAGUCAAACGAAAAGUCUUUGGAUACCCCCUCUCUUCAGCUUUUCCAGUUGGCGCAGGAGACUUAGACUGCUCCGUACUGAUAGCAAUACCGGAUUGGAUAGUGAUAGCGAUACUGAAUCUAUCACGACCAAAGCGCCUGCUCCUCCACCGACUCCGAUCGGCGGGGUGCACACACCGCAUCCUAGGCUGUUGCGAUUUUUCGACAGUUAUGAUAGAGGAAUGAUAAGAGAUGGAGAAGACGAAGAGGACGAUAGUGAAUACGAUACGGCAGACGAAGGGGAAGAUAGGGAGAUGGACGCGCUUCACAAAACUCAGCAUGGACAACACCUAACAACUUAA